UUUUUGUUUACCUGCAGAUAUUUUAGCUGUUGUGUGUACAAUGUCACCGUCUCCGAUCCGCUGUCGCGGACCUUGGAAAAUACAUAAGCGUUGUUCGGAAACGGAUAGAUGGCUUGACGAAAUGGGUUUCUAUAGAAAACACACAGCUAGGGAUUCCAGCUGCCUUUUCAGGGUCGUCUCCGAAAAUAUUUAUAAUAUACAGAAGUAUUUUCACAAAGUGAGGGUGGAGUGUGUUCGUUUUAUGGCCUCUAGGAGACAACUAUUCGAAGGGUCAUUGAAUUGUCCAUUUGAAAACUAUCUCAAAGAGAUGUCUAAUCCAUCAGAGUGGGGUGGACUUGUUGAAAUUUCGGCAAUGAGUCACUUGUAUAGACGUGAUUUUGUUAUUUUCGAAGCUAACAAAGGUCCACAAACCAAUAUAUCAAACGGUUAUGGAAACCCAAUAUACUUGUUUUAUUGCCUUGAAACAAAACAUUUUGAUGCAGUAUAUACUAAAGAAUUUAUAAAUGCAUCAUCAUUUUGUCAGUCUUUGGUCUAUGAAGUUCUUUAUGAUGGAGUAUACCAGCUCAAAGAAUUGCCAUAUGCUGUUGAUAAAAUGCUGCAUGACAAGGUACCAACAAAUCACAUAGAGUAUUUCAUGUCAGAGAAUGUAGAACGCCGUAAGAGACAGAAGGAGAGAGCUAAGAUUUUCGUAGAAGCUCCAAACGAUGACGACAAGGACAGAAAUAAUAAUGCGGUCACUCUUAAAUGCAAGCACCACACUGAGGAUGUAGAAAGGGCUAGUCUUCUUAAGGAGUCUCUCAGUAUAUUCGUGUUCAAUCGUAGUUUGAUACAACUUGAAAAUAUCUGUAUGAAUUGCUUGAAUGUGAACAGUGCCAAAGACUUGAUUGAUAAUGGUAUAACACCGUUUCCUUACAAAGUGGCCAAAGCCUUAGACCCUGACAUAUACAGAAAUAUCGAAUUUGAUGUGUGGAAUGAACUCAGACGAGAGAUGCGUUUCGGAGCUAGAUAUUCCGAUGGUACAACUUUGCAAGUAGGAGUAAAAUGCCUGUGUAGAUUGCAACCCGAACAAACGGUAGCAUAUCAUUGCCAUAUCCAGGAGAUGCGCCCGGAUGGGGGGCCUUGUCUGGUCUUUAUUGAGGAGUUGGGGGAGAAGCGUGUGGUGAAUUAUGACCAGCUGGAGCCUCUGCCCCUGGAUGAGAUUAGACCCUGGGCGCCUCCAUAUAGGUACUCUCGUGCCAACUCUCAGUUCCUGACGCUGAGUCAAAUGUUGCAGCAAAUAGGCAGCGUUACUCGAAAGCAAGGGCUGAAAGUGAGAAAUAAAUCGAAAAAUGCUAACGACGAGUCAAAGGUCCCCGAGAGAACUAUAAAGCAGGCUCCUAAACUGUCAUGGAAGGAGGAAAACGGGGCGGAUGGGCACCAAGUACCUCAAUACCUACCCCAAACCGAUAUUGAAUUCUCUACAUACCAACAUUUGGAUUAUGUUAACUUUGAACCAAUGCCUGUUGUACUGCAAGCGCUGCCCCUGAUGGCGGACUGCCGGCCGGCGGCCGCCGUGGCCCACGAGCUCGCACACGCGGCGUCCAACGGUGCGCCUUCUGACGCCCACCACCCCCAGCCUGCUCAGCCUACGAGCGGCGAGAUGGGUAGUCACGGGGUCAAUUCCCCGGCGGCGCGCGCAUCCACGCCCGCCACCACCUCCGCUUCGUAUGCAGUGGGUGCCGUGGCGGCAGCAGGCGCGGGUGUGGCGAACGUGGCGAGCGUGGCGAGCGUGGCGGGCGUGUCGGGCGUGGCGGGCGCGAACAACGGCGCGGCGUACGGCGCGGCGUGCGGCCCGUACGCGUGCGGCGUGAAGUCGCUGGUGUGGUGCGCGCCGCAGUCGCCGCCGCCGCACGCGCCGCCGCACGCGCCGCCCGCGCCGCUGCUGGCGCCGCCGCCGCCGCCGGUGCCGCCGGUGCCGCACGCGCCGCCGCCGCCGCCGCCGCCGCCCGGCGUCGCGCUGCACGUGCACAAGAGCAUGCUCGCCAACGGCGCUGAUCUGCCCAUGAAUGAUGUUCCAACUCUGCGGUACUACUACAACCUGGGCGUGGACUACAUGUGGUCGAUAUACGGACCUCCGCCGCCGCCGCACAUGAUGCGACAUUACUCCCCACGGGAUAUGACGCAGGAUAUGCAGCAGAUGUCUCUACACGAUCGCGCCAACCACAACGGCAACGACCACAACCACAAGAACAAAUCUAACAGCAAUGACAAGCAACAGCUGAACAAUCAGACGAAGGGCAAUGGACAACGACCACUGCUGGGGCCCAGAUUUAAACGUGGUGGAAAUAAUCAAGACGGCGGCCAAACGUCCAAUCACAAUCAAAACAAGGGGCAUAACAACAAUAUGGGGAACAAAGGGCCCAAUAAUCGGCGUUCAUUGGUCCGCAGCCGCAACUCGCACGUGGAGUCCCGCGUGGCGGCGGGCGGCGGCGGCGGCGGCGGCGGCGGCGCGGGCUACGUGGAGGCGGGCGGCGGCGCGGCGCUGGCGGACGGCGGCGCGCCCGACGGCGCCGUCGGCGCGUCCGUGGUGCCGCUGCCGUACAUCCCGUACCCGCCGCCGCUCUACCCCGUACCCUACUACCCGGUGGAAUCCGAUCCGACUAUGAUGAGCAUGAUGGGUGGCAUGAGCUACGUAAGCUACGACGACGGCAUGGAGUACGGCGCGCCGCUGCAGUACUACCCGCCGCCGCCGCACUUCGCGCCUCACCACCACCAGCCGCACCAUCCGCACCCGCACCCUCACCAGCACCAGCACCAGCAUCACCAGGACCACAAGUAGGACGCUGCCACCCACACCAGCCAGUAGUCUGCGUCCAACUCGCACGUGUCCUGCCAGUACUGAAUAACACUACUUGGAGACACAGCGAUGAAAUCUAACAAUACGAUAACUAAAGAGUGACCUCCUCCCCCCUCAACCUGAACCCCCCAAAAAAAGGGUUUUUCAUGUAAAUUUACUUAUAAACCUAUUCUAAUUAUUGAAAAGUUCAAGAUUAUGAGUUGAUUUUGAAAUUGUUGAAUUUUUCAGUAAUUGACACAGGUUUAUAUCAGAUCUUGCGAGUUAUAAAUAAGGGGAACGAUCUGCGGAAUGUAGUGGCUUAACUUCCGCGAUUUAAAGGUUACUUUAAAAUUUGUAAAACCAAUUAGCUAGUUAAAUUUGGUCGCUGUGUAUUUAGCCUAAUAAAUAGGCGAAGAUCGUACUUGGGAAGUGUUCACACCAAACAUAUGCGUAAUCUUAACAUAAUACUCGAGUUUUUUUGAGAGAAAUUAAAACAGCUUGUAGUCAGUGGCUUACGUGUAACAAUCAAGUAGCGUUGGUUCCAAAUAAAUGAUACAAUAUGCAAAGUUUGUACACAGUGGAACGCUGGCUCUAUCGUUCACCGUAUGUUCGGUUUGAGCACUCCCUUAUGCUUCUUUUGUACUAGCACGGGACACUGUAAGGAUCAAGAAGCUGUACUAAAUAGGGAUUGGAAUGCCAAUAAAAUUCUUCACUAAAUAACCCUAUCUCAUUACAAUUAAACACUAAAAAUAUCCUGUCAAGUGUGAGUGAGAUGGACGAUAGCUAGAUAUUUUUGACAGUUCUCUCUAUUAAAUACCUAUAAUUGAAGUGUAAGAGAGAUGGGAGACGCUAAAAGAAGUACAUUAUUAUUAUAAUUGGUUCCAGUUUCAAUGUCUAUUUAGUUUAGUUUCUUGUUUGGGUUCGGAUGGCUUACUCGCCGAGUUUAGAUAAAUUUGCAUCAGAGCGUGAAUAUUUGAGUACAUUAUUUGAAUAUAUAUACUAUCUAUGAAUAAGUUUUAAUUAUUGCUAUUAAAAUUUGGAUGAAAACUUUCAGGUAACAGUCAAGUCAACAGACUUUCAGAAAAUACUAUAAAUAUAUCGUAUAAAAUAUAUGUUUGAUCCUUCGUAUAAAAUUCUUCCAUGACUUUUCCCAAUAAAUGUACGCAUAUAUUCAUCGCUCCAUUAUUGUAAACUCAAAAAUAUACCUUAAAAUUAAAACGUAAAUUUGAAAAUUCAGGAAUUAUAUGCAAAAAAAAAAUUAUAGGUUAAAACACUACGAUACUUACCGUAUUAGUAUGAACAAGUAGUAACUAUAUAGUAUCAUUUAUUUCAAACAUUUCAUUUAAUCUUUUAAUAUUUUUCUACGGUCUGGUCCUGAAUAGAGUUCUAAAAUUAAUCUUAUUUAUAUUUGAAAAAUAAUUCAAUUUUUAUUUAUCAAAAAGUUGUUUAAUUUAUUGAUAUAAACAUACCUUGCUAAUUCUGAAUUGGCGAAUCUGUCUCACAAAGUGAGUUUUACAUAGGAAAUGUUUAAAAACAUAAAGUAACUUAAUUGUAAUAUAAAUAACUCUUUUUCAUAUUUUUGUUCGUAUUUGCCGUUGUUAAAAUUAAAUAUAAUAUUUAUUU